AUGGCCGGCUUUCUUAUGGCGAUGGAACUCUCCUCGGCGAUAUCCGCGCGCCCCUGGUCUGCCUCCUCCUCCUCCUCCUCCACAACAACGAACUGCGGGCUUGCCGGCCCCCAAUUUCCCCGUCCCGCCAACCUGCAUGCCCUGGCUUCCAUCAAGACCACUGCAGCACGUUUCGCGGAGCUCCUGUCGUUUGCAAUUCGCGAGGGUGGUUCUGACUGGGGCGUCAUCGACUCGGUGGACACGAGUUUCUCAAUCGGCGUGUUCACCACAGCCUCGGCUCCAGCUGACAGCGAAGAGGAUGAUGGCGAAAAGGGGGUUCAAGGCAGUGUCGCCGGCGUCGACUUCCUGUUCGAGCACCACCACCUCGGCAAGAAUCACGGCUCCUUGCUCACGAGCCACGAGGAGGUUCCGGGCGCGGCACUCGGUGGGAAGAAGCUGAAGAAGAAGGCGCUAGACAGAGAGACGCUCUACCGCAUCGGAAGCGUGACCAAGCUGCUGACCGUCUACACAGUCCUCGCGAGACUUGGACCGCGAUACUGGACCGAGCCGGUGACGCGGUACAUCCCCGAGCUCGCCGCUGCCGCUGCGGCCAACGACGAGCUCGGGGGUGGUGAAAGUGCCGCCCGUAGAGUCAAGUGGUCCGAGAUCACGCUCGGUGCGUUGGCGAGCCACAUGGCGGGUAUUGCGCGUGACAAUGGCUUCUUUGACUCUUCGCACGUCCCUAGCCUGGAACAGCUGGGCUUGCCGGUGUUGAAGGAUUCGAUGGAGUGUGGCAGCACGACGACGGAAGCGUGCACCUGGAAAGAGGCGCUCCACUUGAUACUCGGACAGUUUCCGGUGUCAUCGACGUUCCACGGUCCGAUUUACUGCAACGAGGGGUUUCAGAUUCUUGGCCGGGCUGUUGAGGCCAUCACUGGAGAGAGUUUCAACAAGACCUUCCACGAUGCCGUCGUGGCGCCAUUGGGACUCAGGAGGAUAUUUUGGGUACCUCCAAAGCACGAUGGAAACGCGAUGAAUGUGUCGGUAGAAGAUCCCUUCGUUGGAUAUAACUUCAACUACGACCUUGGCUCAUACAAUCCGACUGGUGGCACUGCCAUGUCCUUGGGUGAUCUCUCCGCUAUCGGCAAAUCCAUUCUGAACUCUACCUUGCUCCCUGAGUCGACCACUCGGGAGUGGCUCAAGCCCGACACGCUCACCAGUAGCCAGUUCAGCGCAGUCGGCAAACCCUGGGAGAUCACUCGCAUGGAAGUACCUAUCGACAUGCACGCAGCAGCCGACGCCAACGCAGCCACGCGGCUUGUUGACUUGUACACCAAGAAUGGAGGCAUUGGAGCGUACCAGAGCUAUCUCAUCUUAUCACCAGAGCAUAACUUAGGUAUCACCAUCCUCACCGCGUCAAAUCUCACCCGCGCCAGCGAUCGCUAUGCGCUGACCACAGCCACACUCAGAGAAAUGGCUAAAUCGGUGUGGGUCAGCGCUGCAGAGAGCGCAGCUCGUCAGGCGGCGGGCAGCAAUUUCGGAGGCGUGUUCUCCGCCGGGGCAGACGACGAUGACGAUGACACGGCGGCUGUUGGCAGGGUCGAGCUUGCCCUGGUGCCGGGGCGCCAAGGCCUGGCAGUCAAGGCGUUUUCCUACAACGGCACGGACAUGGUUGCACUGCUGGGACGCAUAGCAGGCAUCGCCGGUGCAGACCUGCACUACAUGGGCCUGACCGGUGGUGGCGAAGUGUCUUUCCGGGCAGUCUGGUCUCGCCAGGCUACCACCAAAGAGCGUAGGCAGGAGAAGGAGGAGGCUUCCGAAAACCCAGACGAGAGCGAUCACGUCCUGGAGGACUUCUUUGCCGGGGUCCCCAGACCUGUGCUGGGUCGCGAUUGUGAUUCGACAUGGGGGGGUGUUGAUGUGCUCAAUUAUGGCAAUUUUGGGCUCGACCACUUCAUCUUCACCACAGACGGCGGCGGGCGGGCGACGAAAUUGACGCUGCCAGCUUUGAGGAUCACCCUCAAGCGGCAUGAGGACGAGGAGCACGACCGGGGGAAGACGCGGCCCUUUGUGGUCCCUCAUGAGGAUGGCAUACAGCGAACACUGUAGCCGGUGCUGCUGCGAGUUGUGUGGUGUCACCGAUGUGUGGCUGCAGCGGUGGUGCAAUUCAAAGGCGAAAGCCAACCCGGCGAUCUGACCGGUUCAUGACGUGGCCGCCUUAGGGGUCUGGUAGCCGAGGGCGAGGCUCCGACCGUGCGGCUGACAGAAGUUUAAUGCGGCUGGUAAGCUCGUAGGCGAGGAGAAAGGCAUUCGGUGCGAUUGAGAUUAGCUUGCGACUUAAAUGGGAGGACAGAUCAGGAGGUGGUUUCUCAGUGUCCGUGGUCCGGCUAUUUGUGUCCUCGACUGGCGUCGUCGUGAGGAGAGAACAGCCUAACUUGAUAGCUUAAGGAUUCAUGUUGGAAAUCCAAACACGUGGGGGAUCCAACUCAAGGCGCACUCGCCAGAAGCCCCAUCGUGUUGGAUAUACGAGAAGCAG